CGUAAUUUCUUGUUCAUUGACAACGGGCCAGGGCGGGUCCGACGUACGCCCUUCUCCCGAAGAACCCUCCGCUAACAAGUCAGCAUCCGGAUGCCAUGGCUGUGCCGUACUUGUGAGCUCACUGCAUCAUGUGCCUUGCUUGGGCGACGCUUAUUCAGUACCCAUUCGUGGGUAGGCUUGGUACUUAUAUCUUUGAUUAAGUUAUGUCGCAGGUCGGUUUGCUUGAUUCAAUAUUACCAAGUGGACACCUACUAGUGCGAUCUCGCCCUCUUAAUUGCCGUCGGCCGCCUUUUUUGCAUUCCCACCUCUACUAGUAUGUCUUUCACUCAAGGCGCAUCCUGCAAAGGCAGGAGGAAGGCAUUGCUCAUCGCCGUGAGGAACGUAAGAGGGAUCGAUGUUUCGCUCCCCCGUACGCACUAUGAUGCACAAGAACUCAAAGAACUUCUCAUUAGCCAGUAUGGCUAUGUUGAAGAUGACAUCGUAAUGCUGCGGGACGAUCGCAAUUUAGACAAGUCAUUUUGGCCUUCCAAAGUCAACAUUUUCAAGAGGAUCAAAUGGCUCGUAGAUGAUGUUGGAGAACACGACAAACUGGUAUUCUACUACUCGGGUCACGGCGGGCAGACUAUCUGCCGCCAUAAUAGUGAAGUAGAUGGUCACGAUGAAGUUAUAUAUGAAUACAACGGCGACAAGAUUGUUGACAACGACCUGAAACGACACCUGGUAGAUCCUGUGUUAGAAAAGAAGGGCUGUCAGUUGUUUGCACUGUUCGAUUGUUGCCAUUCUGAGACCAUCCUUGACCUUAAGCAUUGUAACUGUUGCUUUCGAUUGCUGUCCCCUGUCAAGUCCAUUGUCGCCUCUAGCCAGAGCGACGCAGAUUUAACUCGAACACCUUCGCUAACCGGGAGAGUAAUACGAUAUUCUUCAGAAAGCAUACGGCGGCCGAACAAAAACGCCCUGAUUAUAUCUCCGUGGUCCGCCAUUGGGCUGGCAAAUCGUGCCAUGUGGCAUCUUUACAACCGUGCCGCGAGAAUACUGAAGGUCUUUCUCAAGAGCACGCUAUCUACUGGUAAUGAACCCGAUGGACCACGGGUUGCACGUGCGAGGCCACCAGUCUCAGUCAAUACUGUGCUUGCUUCUCAGUCCCAGAGGUUCAUGUCCCCAGAUCGGACUGUGAUGUCUCCUAUCUCGAUUUAUCCAAAUGCUAGAUGCAAAAGUGCUUGUGACAUAACUGCAGAAGAAGAGGAUCAAGGUCGUGUUGUGUGUUUGUCAGCAUGCAAGGACAACGAAAUGGCACACGACGAUAAUGAGACAGGUGGAACUUUGACAAAGUUUUUUAUAUCUUCACUGAAGAAGAAUUCCGGUAUCUCUUACCGAGGCUUACUCGACAACAUUCAGUCUCAAGUUACCGACCUCCAGAAAAAGCGGGCAGCAGAGAUGCCAAGACAAACUUUUGGCUGGUUUUCGGCUCGAAGGAGACCGUUGGAGCUCACAUCAGAAUGUGAUGACAAUUCGAUCAAAAGGAAAGGCUCUGCUCAAGAACCCCGUAUUGCAAGUAAUUGCCCAUUCAACUGGAACAAGAAAUUUUCUAUCUAAGCGUUAGCCUUCACGAAAGGCCAAGUAUCUACUUUAUCAGUCAUUUAUCCUCUUUCGAUAUUCAUAUUCAUAACUCGGGGCUAUGUUCAAAGUUCAAACUGUCAUCAAAUAGGUCGCGCCUUCGAUAAGUGGACAUGUUUCACUAAGUAAGUCUACUUUGCUAUCAGCGUGCGUACCUGUUCUUGUCUACAUAAUCAUCUGUCACGGCUACAAUUAUCCUUACGUAUGUAAAUAUUUUAAUAGCGCAUGGGGUCACCGGUUCACUGCCAAUGCCAUA